AUGACUCACCUCAACUUCGUCACCCUUGAUGUCUUCACAUCAACCCCCUACUCGGGCAACCCACUAGCAGUAGUCUUCCUCGAAGACACCGCUCUAACCCAGUCUCAAAAGCAAACCAUCGCCCGUGAAUUCAAUUUCUCAGAGACAAUCUUCGUCCACCCAGUAAACGACAAGACCAAACGCACAAUCGACAUCUUCACCACAAAGCACGAAAUCCCCUUCGCCGGCCACCCAACCAUCGGCGCAGCCACCUGGUUCCUGCACCACUCAACAAACCCCGCCGACAGCAGCAAUGUCACAACACUAACUACCAAGUCGGGAGACAUCCCGAUCAGGGCAAAUAGCUCGGACAAGACCGUCGCCGCGAAGAUCGCGCACAACACGCGCAUCCAUGCCGCGCGAUUCAGCCUGUCUGAACUACUGCGUCUGCAUCCUAGUCUUGCGCCGUUUGUCCGGGAAGAUGCUACUUUCCCUGUUUUCUCUGUUGUUAAUGGGAUGAGUCAGGUGUUUGUUGAGCUUCCGUCGCUGGAGGCGUUGGGUGCUGUUGCGCUUGCUAGUGGUGGGGAGCUGGUUUCUGAUCAAUACCUUGAUGAGGGGUGGAGGAAUGGUCUUAUCUGUCUGUACUUCUUUGUUAGGGGGUGGAGGAUAGUGUCUUGA